AUGGGAGCGUGUUCUAGCUAUCACGUUGCCAUUAAAACCUCGAGUGGCGGUCCAGGUGGCUGGCCGGGGGUCGACUGCCUUACGAACAUCGACGACUGCGUGGGUCACCGCUGUGCAUAUGGAGCCACGUGCUUGGACGGCCACAACUUCUACAGCUGCCUCUGUCCUCCGGGCAGAACAGAGAUAAACGAUUGUGCGAGCACCCCGUACAAAAACGGUGGCCAGUGCAGGGAUGCAUCAAACAGCUUCCGGUGCGAGUGUCCGCCAGGGUUCGCUGGCCUACUUUGCGAGGUUGAGCUGGACGAGUGCCGCUCCGGACCCUGUCUGAAUAAGGGAUUAUGCCAAGACGGAAUCGCGUCCUUCAAAUGCCACUGUCCGAGUGGUUUCUAUGGCGACCGUUGCCAGUAUGACGUGAACGAGUGUCUGAGUAACCCGUGCGUGGAGGCGAAUGGUUGCAUUAACCUGCCCGGGGACUACAUCUGCCAAAACUGUGACGUGAAUAUCAACGAGUGUUCGAGCGAUCCUUGUCAGAACAAUGGCUGGUGUAUUGACGAGCCUGGGUCCUUCACGUGUCUCUGCGAAUUCGGGUUUGCCGGCCCGCUCUGCGAGGAAAGUAUCGACAACUGCCAACCGAACUACUGCACCAACGGGUCUACAUGCGAGAAUACGGAGGAUAGAUUCGUCUGCCACUGUACGAAUAAGACCAAGGGAUUCUUAUGUGACCAGGACAGAGAUGAGUGCGUCGUUCACUCUGACAUCUGCGGAGAGAACGGGAAGUGUGUGAACAGUGUGGGAGAUUUUACAUGCGCAUGUGUUGCUGGGUAUGAAGGCGGUCUUUGUGAACGGGAAAUUGAUGAAUGUGAGCUUGUUGACGAGCCUUGUUUAAAUGAGGGAACAUGUGUGGAUCUUAUCGGUGAAUAUGAGUGUCUUUGCAACUCUAUUUUAUACAUACUUAUUUGUAUUUCGGUUAAUUUGAUAAAUAUAUACACACGUGAAAGGGUUAUAUUCAUCAAAAUGUCACGUAUCAGGAUAUUUUACUUCAUUCUGGAGCUUUCUACGACGAUUCUUACGGGAGUGGACGCAUCGGGCUACAUUGAGGUGAAGUUCCGGAAGUUUCAGAAUUAUGAGGGCCGGCAGUUCGACGGAAGCUGCUGUAACAAGGGGAGCUUCUGGGGCUGGGGCUCUAGCGAUGACACGUGCGAGAACGAAUGUGACCACACCUUUGUCGUAUGCAUGGGGAACGCUACACAGUCAAGCAGUAUGACGUCAUGCGAGUAUGGCGUGCGGAAAUUCGUGGAAGUUGGCGGUAACCGGAUUGUAUUUGACGGCCACGUCGGCGACAGCGACAACCCCGUCAAGUUCCCCUUCGGAGUAUGGCCGGGCGUGGUAAAGGUCAAGAUAGACGUACGUGAUCAGGACAGCGAUAGCGAGUACGACUACGUAGAUCACGUCGAGUACCAGUACAACACACACGACCUCCGCCGUGAGAUUGACGCACCCGUUCAUGACAUCGUCCUUAAGGGAACCAGGACAAGGUUUGACAUGGAACUGAAGGUGUUCUGCGAGACAAACUACUACGGCCCGGCCUGUGACCUUUACUGCCGGGAAACAGACGAUGAUACAGGCCACUUCCGCUGUGAUCCGGCUUCCGGAGACAAGAUCUGCAAGCUUGGCUGGACAGGGGUCGACUGCCUUACGAACAUCGACGACUGCGUGGGUCACCGCUGUGCAUAUGGAGCCACGUGCUUGGACGGACACAACUUCUACAGCUGCCUCUGUCCUCCGGGCAGAACAGGAUUUACAUGCCAAGCAGAAAUAAACGAGUGUGCGAGCAUCCCGUGCAAAAACGGUGGCCAGUGCAGGGAUGCAUCAAACAGCUUCCGGUGCGAGUGUCCGCCAGGGUUCGCUGGCCUACUUUGCGAGGUUGAGCUGGACGAGUGCCGCUCCGGACCCUGUCUGAAUAAGGGAGUAUGCCAAGACGGAAUCGCGUCCUUCAAAUGCCUCUGUCCGAGUGGUUUCUAUGGCGACCGUUGCCAGCAUGACGUGAACGAGUGUCUGAGUAACCCGUGCGUGGAGGCGAAUGGUUGCAUUAACCUGCCCGGGGACUACAUCUGUCCGUGCAGGCCGGGAUAUACAGGCAAAAACUGUGACGUGAAUAUCGACGAGUGUUUGAGCGAUCCUUGUCAGAACAAUGGCUGGUGUAUUGACGAGCCUGGGUCCUUCACGUGUCUCUGCGACUUCGGGUUUACCGGUCCGCUCUGCGAGGAAAGUAUCGAUAACUGCCAACCGAACUACUGCACCAACGGGUCUACAUGCGAGAAUACGGAGGAUAGAUUCGUCUGCCACUGUACGAAUAAGACAAAAGGAUUCUUAUGUGACCAGGACAUAGAUGAGUGCGUCGUUCACUCUGACAUCUGCGGAGAAAACGGGAAGUGUGUGAACAGUGUAGGAGAUUUUACAUGCACAUGUGAAGUUGGGUAUGAAGGCGGUCUUUGUGAACGGGAAAUUGAUGAAUGUGAGCUUGUUGAAGAGCCUUGUUUAAAUGAGGGAACAUGUGUGGAUCUUAUCGGUGAAUAUGAGUGUCUUUGCGUAGAUGGUUUCACUGGUUCUAAUUGCUCUGUGGAAAUCAAUGAAUGUGAAAGUUACCUUUGUGAAAACGGAGGAACGUGUGUUGAUCUUCUUAGUGGGUUCAGCUGUACAUGCCCAGAAGAAUAUUCUGGUAAAAGAUGUGAAACCUUUCUUACCACGUCAAAAUCAGCAGAGAUUGGUACAUCAACAACAUCAACAACACCAACAAAACCACCAACAACAACAACACCACCAACAACAAAACCAACAACAACAACACCAACACCAUCAACAAAAUCAACACCAACAACAACAUCCACAACAACACCAGCAACAACACCAACACCAUCAACAACACCAACAACAACAUUAACAACACAAUCAGCAACAACACCAUCAACAACAACAUCAAGAGCAACACCACAAACAACAACACCAUCAACAACAACCCCACCAACAACAACACAACCACCACCACCACCAACAACAACAACAACUUCAACAACAUCAACACCAACAAUAAUAUCCACAACAACACCGUCAACAACAGCAACAACAACAACACCAACACCAUCAACAAUGCAAACAACACCAACAACAACAUUAACAACAACACCAACAACAACAACACCAUCAACAACAACACCAACAACAACAACACCAAAAACAACAACACCAACAACAACAGCAACAACAACAACACCAUCAACAACAUCAACACCAACAACAACAUCUACAACAACACCAUCAACACCAGCAACAACAACAACAACAACACCAUCAACAACAUCAACACCAACAACAACACCGUCAACAACAGCAACAACAACAUUAACAACACCAUCAACAAUACAAACAACACCAACAACAACAUUAACAACACCAUCAACAACAACACCAAAAACAACUACAACAAUAUCAAAAACAUCAACACCAACAACAACAUCCACAACAACACCAUCAACAACAACACCAUCCACAACAACACCAUCUACAACAGCAACAACAACAACACAAACACCAUCAAAAACAUCAACACCAACAACAACAUCCACAACAACACCAUCAACACCAGCAACAACAACAACACCAACAACACCAACAACAAUAACAACAACAACAACAACAACAUUUACAACAACAACAACAACAUCAACAACCACACCAUCAACAACAUCAACAAUAGCAACAACACCAACAAAAACAACAUCAACAACACCAACAACAACAUCUACAAAAAUACCAACAACCACAUCGACAACAACAACACCAACAACAACAAGGACAACACCGUCGUCGUCAUCAUUAUCACCACCAUCAUCAUACUCUGGAGAACCGGCAUCAUUGUCUUUGACUUUUUCCACUUUUGCAAUAACUCUUUCAUCACCACUUGAAAAUACGUUGCAUACGUCAAUAUCCGAUAAGUUAUCAGCUCAAACAUCUGAAAAAUUGCCUUUGAAAGUCUUCACAACGACGCCAACAUCGAAAACAGUCGCAGACAUGUCUGAACAGGAAAAGGCGAGCACUGAAUCUGCAUCCACCCAAUCAGGAACUCAAUUAACUUCUUUAAAACCAGUAUUGAUCACAGACAAUAUUUUUACUAUCAGUGAAAUUGCCACAGCCUUCCAUGAUAUUCAAUCUUCAACUGAUGCGUCCACAGAUGAACGUACUACAUACACUGUCGGAGACGCAGUCACAGUCACUGACUUACACGACAUAAAAGAGAUAACAUCUGCUGACGACUGGCCCAGUGGCGAGAUUAUUGUAACGACCGUCUCUCCAGACAGUCAGUAUAUAUCGAGUAGUGUUAGAGAGCACGACCUCGUGUCAUCUGGGGAUGUCCAUGAUGAUCAAUUUACACAGAAGGAUAUAAAAUCAAGUAAAGAAACGAAUACGGUGUCGACUAAAGGCAUGUCGAGUGGUGACUUCAGUGGCUUUGAUGUGUUGGAAGAGGAAAGUUCAGGGCAUGAAUAUCACUACACUGAAAAAAAACAUGCGACCACCCAGUUUCAAACAUAUAAUGUUGAAGAUACAACACCAUUCACUCACUUACUUAACGUUACAGAUUAUUCAUCUGGUGACGAAUUCCCCACUGUUAAAAUGCCAUCAACUACUUCUUCCUCAGAUAGUCAUUUGAUAUCAAGUGGUGAGAAAGAUGUUUUUUCUAAGUUUACAGAGUAUGGCAUGGAAUUAUCUGCCGAGUCGUCUAAAGACAUCCCGGACAAACAAUCAGCACAUGAUAAAGAAUCAAGCGAAGAAACGGAGUUAGGGUCGACUUCCUUCUCAGGUGACACAUUUUCAAUCAUUGAUUUCGAGUCGAUAUCAUCUGGUGAUGUCACGUCUAGCGGUGACUCCAGUGGCUUUGAUGUGUUCGAAGAGGAAAGUUCAGGGCAUAAAUAUCACUACACUGAAAAAAAACAUGCGACCACCCAGUUCCAAACAUAUAAUGUUGAAGAUACAACAACAUUCACUCACUUACUUAACGUUACAGAUUAUUCAUCUGGUGACGAAUUCCCCACUGUUAAAAUGUCAUCAACUACUUCUUCCUCAGAUAGUCAUUUGAUAUCAAGUGGUGAGAAAGAUGUUUUUUCUAAGUUUACAGAGUAUGGCAUGGAAUCAUCUGCCGAGUCGUCUAAAGACAUCCCGGACAAACAAUCAGCACAUGAUAAAGAAUCAAGCGAAGAAACGGAGUUUGGGUCGACUUCCUUCUCAGGUGACACAUUUUCAAUCAUUGAUUUCGAGUCGAUAUCAUCUGGUGAUAUCAUGUCUAGCGGUGACUCCAGUGGCUUUGAUGUGUUCGAAGAGGAAAGUUCAGGGCAUAAAUAUCACUACACUGAAAAAAAACAUGCGACCACCCAGUUCCAAACAUAUAAUGUUGAAGAUACAACAACAUUCACUCACUUACUUAACGUUAUAGAUUAUUCAUCUGGUGACGAAUUGCCCACUGUCAAAAUGCCAUCAACUACUUCUUCCUCAUAUAGUCAGUUGAUAUCAAGUGGUAAGAAAGAUGUUUUUUCUAAGUUUACAGAGUAUGGUAUGGAAUCAUCUGCCGAGUCGUCUAAAGACAUCCCGGACAAACAAUCAGCACAUGAUAAAGAAUCAAGCGAAGAAACGGAGUUAGGGUCGACUUCCUUCUCAGGUGACACAUUUUCAAUCAUUGAUUUCGAGUCGAUAUCAUCUGGUGAUGUCACGUCUAGCGGUGACUCCAGUGGCUUUGAUGUGUUCGAAGAGGAAAGUUCAGGGCAUAAAUAUCACUACACUGAAAAAAAACAUGCGACCACCCAGUUCCAAACAUAUAAUGUUGAAGAUACAACAACAUUCACUCACUUACUUAACGUUACAGAUUAUUCAUCUGGUGACGAAUUCCCCACUGUUAAAAUGCCAUCAACUUCUUCUUCUUCAGAUAGUCAUUUGAUAUCAAGUGGUGAGAAAGAUGUUUUUUCUAAGUUUACAGAGUAUGGUAUGGAAUCAUCUGCCGAGUCGUCUAAAGACAUCCCGGACAAACAAUCAGCACAUGAUAAAGAAUCAAGCGAAGAAACGGAGUUAGGGUCGACUUCCUUCUCAGGUGACACAUUUUCAAUCAUUGAUUUCGAGUCGAUAUCAUCUGGUGAUGUCAUGUCUAGCGGUGACUCCAGUGGCUUUGAUGUGUUAAAAGAGGAAAGUUCAGGGCAUGAAUAUCACUACACUGAAAAAAAACAUGCGACCACCCAGUUUCAAACAUAUAAUGUUGAAGAUACAACAGCAUUCACUCACUUACUUAACGUUACAGAUUAUUCAUCUGGUGACGAAUUGCCCACUGUCAAAAUGCCAUCAACUACUUCUUCCUCAUAUAGUCAGUUGAUAUCAAGUGGUGAGAAAGAUGUUUUUUCUAAGUUUACAGAGUAUGGCAUGGAAUCAUCUGCCGAGUCGUCUAAAGACAUCCCGGACAAACAAUCAGCACAUGAUAAAGAAUCAAGCGAAGAAACGGAGUUAGGGUCGACUUCCUUCUCAGGUGACACAUUUUCAAUCAUUGAUUUCGAGUCGAUAUCAUCUGGUGAUGUCAUGUCUAGCGGUGACUCCAGUGGCUUUGAUGUGUUAAAAGAGGAAAGUUCAGGGCAUGAAUAUCACUACACUGAAAAAAAACAUGCGACCACCCAGUUUCAAACAUAUAAUGUUGAAGAUACAACAGCAUUCACUCACUUACUUAACGUUACAGAUUAUUCAUCUGGUGACGAAUUGCCCACUGUCAAAAUGCCAUCAACUACUUCUUCCUCAUAUAGUCAGUUGAUAUCAAGUGGUGAGAAAGAUGUGUUUUCUAAGUUUACAGAGUAUGGCAUGGAAUCAUCUGCCGAGUCGUCUAAAGACAUCCCGGACAAACAAUCAGCACAUGAUAAAGAAUCAAGCAAAGAAACGGAGUUAGGGUCGACUUCCUUCUCAGGUGACACAUUUUCAAUCAUUGAUUUCGAGUCGAUAUCAUCUGGUGAUGUCAUGACUAGUGGUGACUUCAGUGGCCUCGAAUCAUCCGACGAGAGGAGGUCGGGAGAUACAUAUCACUACACACAAGUAAUGAUUGAAUCAACUACACCAACAGAUGAAAUGAUCACAAAGCCUCAAACGUAUAGUGUUGGAGAUUCAGCAACAUUCCCUGAUUUACUUGACGUAACGGACUAUUUAUCGGGUGAUGUUUGGUCCAGUGGUCAGACACCCACUUCAUUAGACAGUCAGAUCAUAACCAGUAGUGAUGCAGAUGUCAUGUCUCGGGAAAAGGAAUAUAUCAUGGCAUCUUCAGGAGAUGCAUACGGAGAUAUCACAUAUGAACAAAUCACAAAGGAUUUACUUUCACACGAAGCAACGGAGUACGGCGGCCAUGAUACAUCCGGACAAGAAAGCUCAGAGGAUGAAUAUCGCUUCAUAGAACAAAUUUACACAUCUACAAAGAAACCAAAGGAUGACAAAGAGUAUGGCCCCGUAUCAUCAGGGGAAGCAAACAGAGACAUUUCAGAUAAACAUUAUACAAAGCAGGAUAGUGUGUCAAGCGGGGAAACGGAUUCGAGGUUAACUGAAGACUCGCCACCUACCUCCUCUGGCGAUAUGAUGCAAAGCAUCGACAUUGCGUCUGGUGAUAUAAUGUCUAGUGGUCACUUCGAGGGUCUUGUUGAACCCGAAGAGGAAAGUUCAGGAGAUGUAUAUCAACUUACCGAGCAAAUGUAUAUAGCAACUAAGAAACCAAGUGAUAAAAUGAGCACAGAAUUCUUUGCAAUUGUUGUCGGGGACACUACCUUAAGUAGUGAAUCAUUUGAAACAACAUAUUAUUCAGCUGGUGACGAUUGGUCUAGUGGUGAGAUACCGGUAUCUCCAGAUAGUAAGGUAACUUCAAGUAAUAAAAGAGAAGAUUCGUCAGGGGAAAAGGAGAGAGGUAUCUUUUCAUCUCGAGAAGAAUCUGUAGACACCAUGGAAACACAUUCUUCACAGAAAGAUAUUGAAUCAAGCGAAGAACUAGAUAACGAACUGUCUACUGGUUAUAUGCUACCAAUAACCGCAACCGAACCUUAUCCAUCCGUUUAUAUUUUUUCAAGUGGUGAAUAUAGUGGCCUUGAUGUCCUCGGAGAAGAAAUCAAAGGUAAUGAAUAUCAAUAUACAGAAGAAAUAUUCCCAUCUCGUAGACACCCGUACACACAAUCCAUGGAUGACAUUGAUAACAGUAAAGAUGCUACUACUUCAAUGAAAUGGUCGACAUUAUCAACAAAACUUUUGGUGAAUCCUGAUGUUGAAUCGGUUAGCCAUGGCAUGCUUGUUUCAACUGGUGGUGGAAUGAAAUACGUCGUUACAACAUCCGGCGAUAAUAUACAAACAUAUACAACGGAGGGAUUCAGCGAACCAGAAGUCAAACAAAACACAUACACUGAUUCCACGGAAUCGAUAGAAAUGUCUGGUGAUAUUGCUGCAAUAAUCGAAAUUCUAUCAGGCGAUGGUAUUUCUAGCGGUGACUCGGAAGAUGUAUCUUCUAUUCAGCCUGACCAUACGUUUAGCGGUUCAUGGAAAAUGUUUACGGAAGUUUGGUCAGAUGAAUUUGAUGUCGUUAAAGGUCUUUCUAGUGGAAAUAUGGAACGGACAACUAUAUCCACAUUAACUAAACAUCCGUUUCAUUCUGCAACUGGAUCUAGUAUUGCUACGAAAGGGUAUGAAGUAACUGAUAAAAUAACAUCGGGCGAGGAUUUGACAGAAUUCAUUUAUUCUGGUGACAGCACAUAUGGCGAAACUAAAGACAGCGACAGUAGUGAUGAAGAUUCCGAUAAAAGUUUGACGAAUGAGCAGAAUGCAGUGGACUCAUAUAGCGGCGAAAUGCAUGUUGGUUUCCCUGAAACGAGUAAAGUUAAAGAUGCGCUGGAAGCGAAGAAAGAUAAGGACAAAUAUGUUCCCGAUCAUAUUCAUCCGUCAGGCAUGAGCGCUAGUGGAGAUGAAACGCUAUCGAUUUCAGAGUCUAGUGGACUUCAUAAAAUGGUUGAAUCGUCAGGGGAAAUAAUAAAUGUGGUCGAAUCAACUACUGUAUCGAAAAGUGGUAUUGCAGGUGGAGCAAUGGAAACAUCCUCUGAUUUUCUUGUGAAACAGUUUCAAACUGAAAAAUUAUCAACGAUAUCUUAUUCAUCUACAAGCAAAAGGGAAGACAUUUUUCAAUCCGGUGAUUUCAUUUCACGUCCAACAUAUAUUGGACAUGGUGAAAAAGAUGUGAGUUCGAACAGAAAUAAGUCCGCCAUUGACAAAACAAAAACCGACAGCUGGUAUGUCACAGUAGGUCAAGUCAAAGUGGAUAAUAAGGACCAAAACAUAACUUACACGGAAUAUAAUUUAGUUGAUCCGGACGAGGAAACUUUAAUUGACAUUUCAAAAGAAAGUAACAGUCCAAUGUCUUCAACACAGACACCAAGUGAACCAGUUUCAUUUACUGAAACAACAAAUAGAAUGCAAUCGUUUAUAACUGCCGAAGUAUCCGAUGAUCUAUCCGAAAGUGGUUAUAUUCUACUAACUGUCCCCUCCUUUUCAGAAACUCAAAGCGAUACGACUCCUUCUACGGCUAUACACAAAUAUGAUCAAAAUGAAACUACUUCUUUGGAGAACGAUACCUCAUGGACCACAUAUACAAACUCAUCAGUUUCAUCACUUGGAACAACAAUUAAACCGACAGUUGAAACAGAUUCACCUCUGUAUAUUAAGUUAACAUCUAAAACGACCAAAGCAUCAACACAUGACCUAGAUAUCACAACAAAACCCGGAAUGUCUGAAUCAGUAACAACAAGUAAGCAGUCAACAAUAAGUGAUAUCCAUGCGUUUGAAAGUACAUAUGAAUCUUUCUCGGUGUCAGAAAUGCAUAUUAAACAGUCGACCGAACCAUACACAGAUUACUUGGGAGAAUCAACAAUUGUUGUUAAACCGACUACUGAGGAAACUAAACAAACGAAGGAGGUGCCUAUUGAAGAAGUUAAACGGUUACGUCCAUUGUCUCCAUGGAUGGCAGCGCGUAAACAUUUAGGUAGACGAAAACCAUCGAAAAAGGAACAACAUAAACAAUCUUCAACUACAACAGUAACACCGACCUUCUCAACUGUCAAGAGCAGCCAAAACGCUAAGAUCACGAUAGAACAUAUGGUCACUUUAACUCCAUCCGAUAAGGAUGUAAGUACUUCGAAUGGGAUGCCUGUUAGCACAAAUAAAAAUACAGAGUCAAACGACAUUAUUCAUUCCAUAGUCACGACGUAUCAACCUGGAAAGCAAGAAACGAGUUUACCGUUUUAUUCAACAGAUAAAAGUAAUCAACCGAAUAUCACUCAUAAUAUUGAAACAAAAGAAACUACUUUCGAAUCCGUAUCACUCAGCUCAUUUGACAAAGCAUCUAACACAUCGCAAGGUAUCAAUUUACCAAGUACGGAAAGAAAUAUUGUGCUAGAGCAAACAACUUUGCCAUUGUCUGUAGUAUAUGCCACUACAUUCAAUGUAUUGACAAAGAGUAGCACUUCAGCGCAAACAGAUGUCAGCACUGAUAAAAGCAUUCUUUUCAACGCGUAUGACGAUGAAAAUGUCACUGAGGUCUUUACUACAGAUUUCAUGAAAAACAGCUCGGUUGUCUUUGAUAAAAAUGAUACUUCUAGUUUACAAACUAUUUUAAGUAACAAGACAGUCCAAAGUUUCAAUAAUUUCACGUUCUUGACAGCUAUAGGUGGUUAUGAAAAUGAUACUGAUAGCUUUGUUAUAUUGCUAUCAAAAUUAAUUUCAUUUUCUCCUAAUACAUCGACAGAUGGGUUCAAUGAAUGUGCAUCUGCGCCACCUCUGAUAACUGAACCCCCUUUUGACUUUGAAUUUAACGAACAAGAUUUUGAACCAUCAGCUCGAUACGUUAUAUCUCUUUUACGAUGUUUGGCGGAAAAACAACAAACAAGUAGGGAAACAAGUUCGCUUUCGUCUACAAAACAUGUUACAGAAAUCUUAACGGUUCGAAAUUAUUCGGAUACCACAGAAACUAAAAAUCCAUACACAUCUGCGGUUACAACGCUAAUUUCAGGAACUAUUUAUCCUAACAUAAACAUUACAAAUGAUCAAAGAACGAGUAAGAACAUAUCUGGCAGUUCAAGCAAGGAAACCUUAACGCCGCCGACUUCAACUUAUGCAGACACACCUGGCACCGAAGAGAUUACAUACUCAAGUAUACAUGAAACUUCAAACACGACUAAAAAUAAUCUUUUCACGACGGAAUUAAUACCAGCAUCCAUUGAUAGCACAAGGGAUUUACAGACAAGCCAGACACAAGUGUCGACUACUUCAUCUAGCACAAUAGAAAUACAGAUAAGCCACAAACAAGUGUCGACUGUUUCAUCAAGCACAAGAGAUAUUCAAACGAGCCAAACACGAGUAUCGACUCCUUCAUCUAGCACAAUAGAAAUACAGACGAGCCAGGCACAAGUAUCGACUCCUUCAUCUAGCACAAGGGAAAUACAGACAAGCAAAUCACAAGUAUCGUCUCCUUCAUCAAGUACAAUGGAAAUACAGACAAACCAACCACAAGACUUAGUGUCGACUCCUUCAUCUACCACAAGGAAAAUACAGACAAGCCAAACACAAGUGUUGACUCCUUCAUCAAGCAUAAUGGAAAUACAGACAAGUCAAACACAAGUGUCGACUCCUUCAUCAAGUACAAUGGAAAUACAGACAAGUCAAACACAAGUGUCGACUCCUUCAUCAAGCACAAUGGAAAUACAGACAAGUCAAACACAAGUGUCGACUCCUUCCUCAAGUACAAUGGAAAUACAGACAAGUCAAACACAAGUGUCGACUCCUUCAUCAAGCACAAUGGAAAUACAGACAAGUCAAACACAAGUGUCGACUCCUUCAUCAAGUACAAUGGAAAUACAGACAAGUCAAACACAAGUGUCGACUCCUUCAUCAAGCACAAUGGAAAUACAGACAAGUCAAACACAAGUGUCGACUCCUUCAUCAAGCACAAUGGAAAUACAGACAAGUCAAACACAAGUAUCGACUCCUUCAUCAAGCACAUUGGAAAUACAGACAAGUCAAACACAAGUGUCGACUCCUUCAUCAAGUACAAUGAAAAUACAGACAAGCCAAACACAAGUGUCGACUCCUUCAUCUAGCACAAGAGAAAUUCAGAUAAGCCACAAACAAGUGUCGACUCCUUCAUCAAGCACAAGGGAAAUUCAGACGAGCCAAACACAAGUAUCGACUCCUUCAUCAAGCACAAUAGAAAUACAGACAGGCCAGACGCAAGUAUCGACUUCUUCAUCUAGCACAAGGGAAAUACUGACAAACAAAACACAAGUAUCGUCUCCUUCAUCAAGUACUAUGGAAAUACAGACAAACCAACAACAAGUGUCGACUUCUUCAUCAAGUACAAGGGAAAUACAGACAAACCAACCACAAGCGUCGACUCCUUUAUCUACCACAAGGGAAAUACAGACAAGCCAGACACAAAUGUCGACUCCUUCGUCUAACACAAUGGAAAUACAGACUAGCCACCAAACACAAGUGUCGACUCCUUUAUCUAGCACAUCGGAAAUACAGACAAGCCAAACAAAAGUAUCAUACCCUUCGUCUAGAACAAGGGGAAUACAGACAAACCAACCACAAGUGUCGACUUCUUCAUCUAGCAUAAGGGAAAAACAGACAAGCAAAACACAAGUAUCGUCUCCUUCAUCAAGUACAAUGGAAAUACAGACAAACCAAACGCAAGUGUUGACCCCUUCAUCAAGUACAAUGGAAGUGCAGAAAAGCCAAACACAAGUGUCGACUCCUUCAUCUAGCACAAUAGAAAUACAGAUAAGCCACAAACAAGUGUCGACUCCUUCAUCAAGCACAAGGGAAAUACAGACAAGCCAAACACAAAUGUCGACCUCUUCAUCUAGCACAAGGGAAAUACAGACAAACCAACCACACGCGUCGACUCUUUCAUCUGCCACAAGGGAAAUACAGACAAGCCAGACACAAAUGUCGACCUCUUCAUCUAGCAAAAGGGAAAUACAGACAAACCAAACACAAGUGUCAACUCCUUCAUCUAGCACAUCGGAAAUACAGACAAAUCAAACACAAGUGUCAGCUCCUUCAUCAAGCACAAGGGAAAUACAGACAAGCCAAUUACAAUCAUCGACUCUUUCAUCAACGGAAAAGGAAAACGUAAAUCAAACAUACAUAGAAAGUAAGUUACUGCUUUUGUCUGCGACAAAGCUUACUAAUAAAACGACGCCAAUGACAAUAACUGUCGGAGAUUCGACAUUUACAUCAUCGUCUGAAAUUAUUAAACGUGAUGAACUUUCUACAACUCCGGUAAUUCAACCAAAGAUUUCAACCAUUUCUACACUAUAUAACAAAAUAACAAUGAACUCAACUCACUCACGGGUCGGUGAUGCUACCAGUCCUCAAUAUCUAGAAAUCACAAAUGGCGACCAAAGAAAAAAGCAAACAAGCACAACUUCAAUGCACCCAACUAUUUUUACGCAAUACAAUGAUUCAUAUUCAAAAGUAACUUAUAAACAACAAACGCCAAUAGAAAAUAAAAAAGUAAAUGCAACUGAACAUUAUAUGUUCACACUGGAGCUGAUACCAACAUCCAUUAAUCUCACAGAGGAAAAACAGACGAUCCAAGCUCAGUCAUCGACUAUAUCAUCAACGGAAAAGCAACACACAGUACCAAUAACUGUAUCUCCCGAAGACAACACCUCUGAUGAGGUUUCUACACCACAAAUGAAAAUUCCAUCUACGACUAUAAAUACGGUACAUGAUAAAACAACGAUGCCUUAUUGGAAAUCAACAGAGCUGCAAGUCGCUGACAGUACCAGUCUACCAUAUAUAGAAAUGACAACUGAUGUUCGGGCUAAAGAGCAAACAGAAUCUUCCUCAACGCAUCCAACUAAUAAUACACACGGCCAUACGACGUAUUCAACAUUAAUGCCCAAGCAACAAAAGACAAUUGCAUCAAAAGAAUCCCAUACUUCAAACAAAACUACAACAGUCCUAAGAGAUGUAUUCGUGACGUCAGAUAAAACUGUAAAAGUUGAUGAUUUUAAUUCAGUUUCUACAACAUCUAGUAAUAUUAGUUACCAGCCUUAUGUUACACGUGAAAAUACCCCGAAAUUCACUACUGAGAAAACUUAUAAAACGACGACUUAUUCAAGCGCAGUAUCUACUGCGAAAAGUGUACAAGAGAAAGAAAAAGCAUCAGGCAUCGACGGCAUGAAGACGAGACCUGACUUGUUUAAAAAUACACAUACGACGACCAGCUUACGUUCAACAAUUACCGAUGUAUCUUCGAGAGCAUCACCUACACAACAUCCUGAAACACAUAUGACUUCCGUUGUUGACUGGAUCACAGGUGAACCAGAUAAGAUGCAGAAGGAAACAACAUUGUAUGGCACUGAAGGUAAAUAUUCCACCUCUAAAGAAACCGAACUGUUCCAUGGGUUUACAAUUAACCCAAUAGAGCAUACCAUUGACGAUUACGAAUGGGUUGACUUUAUUCGAGAUGAUUACACUCGACGACCGCCUGAAGAGAUAUCUACAACAAGUUAUGUAACUGACUGGCUGACACUUAUACAAACUGAUUUUUCAACAGCCAUCAGCCAUGAAACAGAAACAACAAGACUACAUCAAAGUGAUAAGUCGUCAACAACAGACAUCGGGACGGAAUUGAUGAAAGAAAAGGACGCAUCGCGUACUUCGCCAUCAACAGCCAACAAAUACACAUCAGAUGAACUUUUGAAAUUUUCAAAAUUUGUAUCCCAAACUGCAAAUGAAAGAAGCGUAUCAAGUACCACUCCUCGUGAGAAAACAUCUCUCGAUGUUCAUCAGAAAGAUGACAAAAGGAAUACGCCAGACACUACAACUGCUUACUAUUUGUUUACAUCUUCUUCUAGGCUUCCUCAAAAUACAACACAUAUGGACGUAACGAAUGUCACAGCAAACAGAACGGAUGCCUCCAGUGUAUAUCGUUUAAAUACAUCACUCAGUAUUGCUACCACAAAUGAAAAUCCACAGCGGCUGUCUACUACUUUGCCGACGACAAGAACACUAAGUACAACAUUUCUGUUGUUAUCAAAAGCCACAAGUAAACACUAUGUAGACUGGAAUUAUACUAGUAAACCGUUUAAACCAAUUAUAACAGUAGAGAAUAUCACAGCGUAUCAAACGAAACAUGUUGAUGCUAAGUAUCGUAUUUCAACAACGUCAUCGCCUAAAGAAGCCGAGCGAACCACAGCUGAAAUAAUCACCGAGGUUGGGUACCCGCAUAUAAGGCAUAGUCAAGAUCUGUUGUCGAACAAUACAUAUCCACAUCCGCGCAAAGAACAGUUUGAGUAUGCCCAUAAUGCCAGUUUAACACAUGGUAAAGCAACACUGUCAAUUCAAAAAAUCAAAGUAACCGUGUACAAAACAUACGAGUAUGGAAAACGUGUCGUUUUGCAAACGUAUCAAAGAGUAAAGGAUAUUUCAACACAAGUUAUUGUUACAACGUACACGAGAUCCAGGGAACUUUUGCAGAAAGCUUUGAAGAGAGUUGAAGCAUUAUGGCAGUAUUGUAAAGAUGGUGUUGAUCAUUAUAUCGUGAAGCCGUUGUUAAAUGCACAAGUGUUUAUAAAAGAGAGGUUCAACAAUGCCUAUUAUCAACUAUCCAAACUGUUCGAGCGUGGACAAAUAAUUCUAGAAAACACAGUUGACAAUGUUAGUGAAGAAUCCAAUACAUACUUUGAAACAUUGACAGAUUAUUACACGGGUGUUUACAGGCAAUAUUCGUCAGAGUUAAGAAAUAUAUUUGAUUCAUUGAAAGUUCCUUAGAACCUUACUAUUAUCCUUGAUAUUCUCCAUUAACAGAAGAGAACAUGAAUGCAAAUCGGGCUAACAACGAAAUACGAUGAACAAAAUCGGGUCAAAUAUUACUCUGCAGGGUCGUAACUAGACCACUUUGAGUGUACAGUCACCAAACUAGGAGGGUCCGGAGGCAUGACAUUCACUGGCCCCACACAACUAGUACCAAACGAUUAUUGACAGGAAAACUUGGCAUAAAAUAAAACUGCAAAUCGUCUGUGUUUGGGGUAAUUGUUGUUCAUUCUUUAGGAAAAAAGCAAUAUCAUGUACAAGCCCGGACCUUUUAGUCUAACGGAAGAAACGCCACUAAUUUCAAGUAAAUCUUAUAGUUUGUCUUAAUGUUUUUUUGUAUUCAUGUAUUCGUUUAUCACUACUACAUUAUGUAUUUUAAUUUGUUACAAUGCAGUGUCUUUGUCUGGUAAAAAGUGCGUGUGGAUACUUGUAAUUAGGGUACCUACCUUAGGUAUGUUUGCAUAGUACAAAACUUAACUAGAAUAACUAAUUGUUUAUAAUGAUCUACAAAAGAUUGCGAAUUUUGGUAAAGAAUGUGCUUGAUAGGUUGUAUAUUAUAAUGGGCAUAUAUAAGGAAAAAACGUAAAUGCUUAAUUUGUUUUUGUAUUGUAACAUAAAUAUUUUAAUGGUGAACAGAAUAGUUGUCCAAACGAUUCUUUAUUGUUUACACAUCUCUUUUUUAAUUCUAUCUUAUCAUGUAAGCUUAAACAGCCGCUAACUGUAAUAGAUACUACGUGCACACGCAGAGGGCAGAGCGAUCUAUGAAAAUUAGACGACCAUAACAAGUCACGUAGACAGACAUGAAAAAAGUUGAAUUCACCGAUACAUCUCGAGGGGUGAAAGAAAAAAGGUUCUAUCUUUUUCGUUAUUUAAUGUCACUUAGAACAUUUUCGCUUACAUCCCUCGAUCUGCUCUACAUGAUAUGGAGCUACAGUAAAUGGGUUAAAUCCUCCAUUGUUAUUGGCCAACAAAUAAAUUCAAACGCCAAAUUCUUGCAGUGCAUUAAUAACAUAAAUUAAAUUUGAUUAUAAAUAAUAGCAUACCAUAGAACGUGAGGUUACUAUAUGCAUUUGGAUAUAGCUGAUGUAUAAAUGACUACAAUAUUGGUUGAGUAACCAACGAUCAUGAAAGCAUUGCAUUUUUAUUUUCCUGUGUUAUAUUGUUUUGAGUAAUUGCAUAUUAUUUAGAAUAACUUAUAUUACUGUAUAUUCAUGAAAUGUACAAUAAUCGAAUAACGUGUUCAUCAACUUGGUGUAAAAAGAUGUUUUGCAUGCAUGUCUAUCACUAUUAGUCUAAAUAAAUU